AUGGCAGUGUCAGAGCUGCCCCCUACCACGGAUGAGAUUGAUCCAAAACAAUUGCCUGACGAACCGACACAUGAUGUUGUCUUCGGCGAGAUCACCGAAGACGGACCCAAUUACCGCAAUGUGGGCUUUGUGGGCACCAUCAUUCUCAUGAUGAAAACCCAGAUUGGUCUGGGAGUACUUUCGAUACCAACUGCCCUGGACUCUCUAGGCAUGAUACCCGGUGUCAUCUGUCUAUGUAUCAUUGCGUGUAUUUGUACCUGGUCCAACUACAUUAUUGGUACCUUCAAAUUGAAUCAUCGCGAGGUAUAUGGAAUUGAUGAUGCCGGUGCUCUGAUGUUUGGUCCAGCUGGUCGAGGAGUUCUCUCAGUAGCAUUUUGCCUCUAUUGGGUAUUUGUUAGCGGCUCCGGCAUCCUUGGUGUCUCUAUCGGAUUCAACGCUGUCUCAACCCAUGGUGCAUGCACUGCUGUGUUUUCAGCCGUUGCCGCAAUUCUAGGAUUCACGCUAAGUAGCGUGCGGACACUAGGACGAAUUACCUGGCUCGCAUGGGUUGGUCUUCCUUGUAUCCUAACUGCCAUCAUGAUCGUGACUAUCGCUGUGGGUAUACAAGACCGCCCUGCUGCAGCACCACAAACCGAAGCGCCCUGGGUCUCCGAUUACAAAUUAAUUGGUAAUCCAUCCUUUAACGAAGGAAUAACAGCCGUCUGCAGUCUUGUUUUUGCAUUCUCGGGCACUCCGGGUUUCUUCGCUAUUGUUUCGGAGAUGCGCGACCCCCGAAAAUACACACCAGCAUUGCUAGUCUGCCAGUCUGGUGUGACAGCGAUAUACAUGGCCAUUGGCUGCGUUGUCUACUACUACUGUGGUACUAACGUCUCUUCUCCGGCACUCGGAUCAGCUGGAGGGAAUAUCAAGAAAAUCGCCUAUGGCUUCGCACUGCCAGGAUUGAUUGUCACAAUAACAAUCUGCUCACAUGUAAGCCCCCUACAAGAAUGA